UGACGUCAUCGUUAGCGUUGCAUGGAGACAGCUAGCUAUCAAAAUACAGAAAUUAACGGCGGAGAGCUGAAAAAACCCCCAAAUUAAUUCAUUGCAACGUGUUCUGAUGCAUAAAUAAUGCACGCAAAGAUUUUAAUUUCUCUAGUUUAGUAUCAUAACUUCAAGGGACGUGUCUUUAGAUAUCCCUUGUUGACGUUUGAUUGCUGGAGCUCUUUCCUCGUUGCUAACGCGUAGCUAGCUAGCUCCCAUUGAAUGAAAUUCAACGUUACGGCCAGCUAGUAAGCUGGCUAGCUAAUUUGAAAACAUUUAGCUGGCACUAUCCGACGAUACAGCAUCAAGUAUUCAGCUAUCAAUACAUGCAGUUUCGUCGUUGGUGAAUUUACAGCACAGUGAAUGUUUUUAGCUUUGCUAACUAGCUAGCUAACGUUAGCCCAAAUUGACCACAACAAUGUCACAGGCGCACUGGACCAAAUUCGAAAAGGAGACCGAGGAAGAGGUGAAGAACCUGGUCAAACAGAUCAGUGGGAUUCAAGAUGAAGAAGACCAGAACUUUCAACUGGCACUGAAAUUUACCUGGUCCAAUUUCAGGUUUCACCGUUUCCUAGAUGCCAACAGUCAUAAAGUUCAACGCAGUGUGAAUGGGAUCUAUGAGAAACUGAUGGUGCAUUCAGACCUGAGUAAAGCAGAGAGCUGGGUCAGACUGACAGAAGAGUUCCUCAACUCACCUCUACCGAACACAGAUGGAAUUAAGACUGACGUUCAUCACAGUCUCCUGGACCUUCUCCUACACCUCUCAGACUCUCCCCUUAACUCCAACUACAGCGAGACACCCAGACUGAAGGAGACUGAGAAAGAAGACGACUUUGACUGGUUUGGAUAUUUACAGGAAGGAGAACUAGACACAGGCCCAUACCCAGACACCCCAGAGUGGUCUGAGGAGGAGAGCGAGGACGAGGACAGUCAGCAGCCGCUCAGCAGAGAGGAUUCUGGGAUACAGGUGGACCGUACCCCUCAGGAGGACCAGGAGAAGACUGUCCCUGUUACCUGGGCAGUGGGGGAGCCUGAUGCCAGAACCUGGUUAGAGCAACAUGUGGUUACUCCGUACUGGCAGGGCCACACUCCCCGCUUCCCUCACAGCCUCCAUCUACACUCCAACCUGCUCAACGUCUGGGACCAACACCUGUACAACACUGACCCAUUGUAUCUGCCUGAAGAGAAAGCCUUUGUCACGGAAACCCAAGUGAUCCGAGAGACACUGUGGCUGCUCUCUGGGGUGAAGAAACACUUUAUAUUCCAGCAUCAGGAUGGGAAAGUGGUGGUCAGGAAUGAUGUGGUGGUCACUCACCUGACUAACAACUGCCUGCGGUCGCUGUUGGAGCACAUAGCAGUCUAUGGCCAGGCAGUGUUCAGGCUGCAGAGGUUUAUAGACGAGGUAACGGGGUAUGACACUGAGCCCUGCCCUCCAGGCUCGUACUCCUCUAAGCAGGGCACCGAGCCUCCCUUCAGGACUUACCAGGCUUUUGUCUGGGCCCUCUACAAAUACUUCACCUCCUUCAAACAGGAGCUCACCACCAUAGAGCGAGACCUCAUAGGGAAAGAUGAGACGGUGACCCUGGCAGGGGUGCUGGACAGACUGAGCCCUCACCUGGCCCAGAUCAAGGUGCUCCACAAGGUGUUCUGUACGGGCGUGGCAGAGGUUCCCCCUGAGACCCCUAACGUGGUGCGGGCGUCACACCUGCUCAACACACUCUACAAGGCCAUCAUAGAGUACGACAGCGUGGGAGAGGCAUCCCAACAGGCCGUGGCUCUGUUAUUCUCUCUGUGGACGGAGACAGUCCGGCCGUACCUGGAGAUCGUGGAUGAAUGGAUCGUUCAUGGUCACCUGUUUGACCCCGCUAAAGAGUUCAUCAUUCAGAGGAACAAGGACGUACCAGUGAAUCACAGAGAUUUUUGGUACGCCACCUACACCUUGUACAGUAUCUCAGAGACGGUGGAGAGCGAGGAGAAGCUGAGUGACGCGGCCAGCGGGAGCAGCGGAGGGGAGCAGGCAUCGAGGUCUCAGCUCACCAUGGUCUCCUUCCUCAAGCCGGUCCUCAAACAGAUCAUCAUGGCUGGGAAGAGCAUGCAGCUCCUCAAGAACCUGGACUGUAAAGAGGCUGAGCAGACUGAUGGCUCCACGAGAGAUGCAGAAAGGAAGAGCUUGUACACUCUUUUCCUGGAGUCUGUUCAGUCCCGCCUCCGUUGCCGGGACGACUCCCCCACGGAUACGGUCACCGAGCAACAGGCCACUAAGCAGAGCCUGAUCAAGAUGCAGUCGAUUGUAGCUCAGCAUCUACAGAUGGACGACAUACACGACCCUCUACUGGCCAUUAACUUCGCCAGGCUGUACCUGGAGCAGAGUGACUUCCACGAGAGGUUCUCAGGCGGUGACGUGAUCGUGGACCGCUCGUCAGAGUCGGUGACGUGUCAGACCUUUGAGCUGACGCUGCGCUCCUGCCUCUACCCACACAUCCAGAAGAGGUACAUCGAGUGCUGUGGCAACCUCAUGACCACCCUGAAGAAAGACUACAGACUGCUGGAGUACCUCCAGGCCAUGAGGAACUACUUCCUGUUGGAGGCAGGAGACACCAUGUAUGACUUCUAUACAGCCAUCUUUGAUAAGGUCUUGGAGAAGGAGAGCUGGCAGCAGCUGGCGUUCCUCAACGUUCAGCUGCAGGAAGCUGUGGGACAGCGGUGCCCAGAGGACAGCAGCAGGUUGUCCAUCUUCCUGGAGACGAUAGACCCAGUCAGAAAGAAACAGCCUGUUAAUAAUCUGGACGGUUUGACCCUCAGUUACAAGGUGCCCUGGCCUGUUGACAUUGUGGUCAGCUCAGAGUGCCAGAGGAUCUACAACCAGGUGUUCCUGCUGCUGCUGCAGAUCAAAUGGGCCAAAUACAGUCUGGACACGCUGACCUUCAGUGAUUUGACAUUAGCAGCUAAGCGGUGGGAAGGGACACCAGAGGAGGUGAAGGCUAAGCGGUGGGAAGGGACACCAGAAGAGGUGAAGGCUAAGCGGUGGGAAGGGACACCAGAAGAGGUGAAGGCUAAGCGGUGGGAAGGGACACCAGAGGAGGUGAAGGCUAAGCGGUGGGAAGGGACACCAGAGGAGGUGAAGGCUAAGCGGUGGGAAGGGACACCAGAAGAGGUGAAGGCUAAAGAGCCAAUCAACCAGCAGAUCCACAGGAUGUUUCUGCUGAGGGUCAAACUGAUGCACUUCGUCAACAGCCUUCACAACUACAUUGUGACGAGGAUUCUUCACAGCACUGGUCUGGAGUUCCAGCACCAGGUCCAGGAGGCUAAAGACCUGGACCAGCUGAUUAAGAUCCACUACAGAUACCUGUCCACUAUCCACGACCGCUGUCUGUUGCGAGAGAAGGUGAGCUUCGUGAAGGAGGCGAUCAUGAAAGUUCUCAAUCUGGUCCUCAUCUUCUCAGACCGCUGGCAGGUUGGCUUUGGAGCGUGGAAGAUCGGAUCCAUUGAUAAGAUGGAAUCUGAUUUCAAGAACUGCCACAUGUUUCUGGUGACCAUACUAAACAAAGCUGUCUGCCGCGGGUCAUUUCCACACUUGGAGUCCCUUGCCCUGUCUCUGAUGGCUGGCUUUGAACAGUGUUGAGAGAAGAACAUCUCUUUCUGCUCGCCCACGCGACCCCCAGACCCACGCGACCCCCAGACCCACCCGACCCCCGCGACCCACCCGACCCCCGCAACCCACCAGACCCACCCGACCCGCCAGACCCCCCGACCCACCAGACCCCCAGACCACCUAACCCCCUGACUUCAUAGCACACAAGACUGGUGAAUAAUGAUGUCACACUCUCUCCCAGCUGCUAGUGCUACUGGUGAAACAUAGAGCCUUCACAAACGGUCUGACUUCGGGACUCCUGAAUCAUGGAUGCUCCUCAUCAACACAAUACAGAGUCUCAGAAGUAUUACAAAUGUGUGACUGCUUGUAAAUAUUGUUGAUUUUGAAGCUGUUUUAUGGUGUUGUCAUCCAUGUGUAGUGCUUCCUGCACAAUCUUGUGCUGCUGUUAGUGUUUCACAACUACGGAUUUACAUUUGUUUGGGUUUUUAUUGGAUUUUGAUUUCUGGUGAGAUUAUUUAGGAUUUUUUUUGCAUUUCUACAUUUGUUAAUUGAACAACCGUCAAUCCAGAAUAUGAUUAUAAUGCGUGUUUAAAUGUAUAAUAUUUUAAUCUCCCUGGUGUUAGUUUAGUUCAUUGAAAUGUACGGGUUAAUAAUAAACAUAACUAAAUAUUCAAUCAAA